GCCGGUGAGUGAUCGCAGAUAAUGCCAAAUUGUGCCACUAUAUAAAGUGGGUUAUCCUUCCUCAGCGUUACAGUUUUUGCCUGCCAGACGCGACUGGAAAGCUCGAAAUGAAAAUGAGACUGUUUUUAUCAUCAAUUUUGCUGGUACUGGCGACCGUGGGGGUGGUUCGACCUCAAGGAUUCACUUGUGAAGAAAAUUACCUCCCUGAUGACGAAAGGGUGGAUUGUGCUCCUGGUGAACCCACGUCGGAAACGGAUUGCAUGAUUAAUAGAAACUGCACAUGGUGUCCUACCACACCCGGUGGGGCUCCGUGGUGUUACAUUCCAAUGGAACCACAACCACAAUCUCCAGGAUAUAAAAUGGAUGGUGAGCCUCUCGUCACGCCAAAUGGAAUUCGAGUAAACUUAGUCCGGGCCCCUCCAGUUCAACCAGGAAAAGAAAAAAGAUGGGAAAAUGAGGUGGAAAAUCUUAUUUUGGACGCCGAGUUCCAUUCAGAUUACAGGCUCCGUAUCAAGAUCAUUGAUGCAUCCACAUCUCGAUGGGAAGUUCCUCUCAACAUUAAUCCAGCUACUGGUGGAAAUGCGAACACUUUGUACACCGUCGAAUUUUCUGAUGAACCAUAUUUCUCAUUCAAAGUUAUACGGAAAUCCAGUGGGGCUGUGCUUUUUGACUCGUCUGCAGGAAAAUUUACGUAUGCCGAUCAAUACAUCGGAAUGACAUGGACCCUUCCGUCUGAAAAUGUUUAUGGCAUCGGAGAAAAUGAGCAACAUUCGUUCAAACACGACUUUUCUCAAGGAACGACUUGGGCAUUGUGGGGUCGGGAUCAGCCUCCCUCUUUCACUGCCAACAUGUAUGGGUCUCAACCUCAUUACACAGUCUUGGAAAAUGACGGGAGUGUUCACGCCGUUGCGCUUGUGAAUUCAAAUGCUCAAGAGUUCCAAUUUUCGGAAGGACCGAAAAUUCGAUAUGUUUCGAUUGGUGGUAUUUUUGACACCUAUUUUUUCUUGGGCCCCACCCCCGAAAAUGCUGUACAACAAUACACUGAAGCGGUUGGUCGCUCGCCAAUCCCUCCAUAUUGGGCCCUUGGCUUUCACCUUUGCCGAUAUGGGUACAACACAAUUGAAAAUAUGAAGGCCGCUGUUGAUCGUACCGCUGCUGCUAAUAUUCCACAUGAUGUUCAAUAUGGUGACAUUGAUAUUAUGGAACGGGAGCUUGACUUUACCUUUUCCACCGAAAAAUUCCCAGGGCUUGAUGUUUACGUACGAGAACUUAAAGCAAAUGGGAUCAAAUUUGUGACGAUUUUGGACCCAUGCAUCAGCAUUGGCGAACCUGCCGGAAGUUAUAGACCCUUCGACUUAGGAAAUGAAAUGGAUGUGUGGGUAAAACUUGAAAGUGGGGAACCAGUCACUGGAAAAGUGUGGCCGCAAGAUCCAGUCUACUUCCCAGAUUACAGUAAAAAUUCGACCAGAGAGUGGUGGGCUCUUCUCAUUGAAGAAUUCCAUGAUCUUCUCGAGUUUGAUGGACUUUGGAUUGACAUGAAUGAGCCAGCCAAUUUUGUCACUGGUGACAUAAAUGAAGGAUGUCCAUCCAAUAAAUGGAACAACCCACCAUACGUUCCAAAAAUUGCGGAUAAUUAUCUCGCUUCCAAAACCAUUUGCCCGGCCCAUGUAGAGUCCCUUUCAAGACAUUACGACACCCACAACAUGUAUGGAUGGUUUGAAUCUGAACCAACCCUGGAUGGAGCAAUCCGUGGUGUCAAGAAGCGAACAACAAUAUUGUCCAGGUCAACAUUCUUGGGGUCAGGCGUUUGGGCUGCACAUUGGCUUGGUGACAAUUUUUCCAAUUGGGCCAACAUGUACUACAGUAUCAUUGGAACAUUGCAAUUUAAUCAGUGGGGAAUUCCCUUCGUUGGACCUGAUAUUUGUGGCUUUAUUGGCGACUCACAGGAAGACCUAUGCCAAAGGUGGAUGGAACUUGGUGCAUUUUAUCCAUUCUGCAGAAAUCACAAUGGAAUCAAUUACAGGGAUCAAGACCCAGGUUCAUGGAGUCCAGAAGUGUCUAGUUCUUCUAAAACUGCUCUCGAAAUCCGUUACACCCUCCUCCCCUACUUGUACACCCUCUUUUACAAGCACUACACGGAAGGAAGUACAGUUGCGAGGGCAAUGUGGCAUGAAUUUCCUACCGAUCCCAUCACUGCCGCCAUUGACCGACAAUUUUUCUGGGGGUCUGGUUUUAUGAUCACUCCCGUCCUCACGCAAGGUGCAACUAGUGUAGACGCGUAUUUCCCCUCUGCCAGAUUUUACAGUUAUUACGACGGAGCUGAAGAAGCCACGAAAGGAGACACCACUACCCUAAAUGCCCCCACACACUUUAUCAACCUCCAUGUCCGAGGAGGCAACAUAUUGCCGACGCAGGAAUCCGCAAGAAAUACGGAGCUAGCGAGAAACAACCCCCUCGGACUCAUCAUCGCUCUGGACGACAAUGGUCACGCGCAAGGAAGUCUGUUUUACGACGAGGGAGACUCCCUUGACCCGGUGAACAAUGGUGUCUAUUUCUACGCCGAGUAUGACAUGACUGACCGCACAUUGACGACCAACGUGUUAAGAAACACUUAUCCGGGAAUGACAACCAAACUUGUAGAGACGAUUCGACUUCUUGGGGCUGGUACGGUGACUAGCGUUACCGUCAAUGGAGCACCGCAUACUGAUUUUGUGGCGCAACCAAGUGGUGAAGUUUUGAUUAGAAAUUUGAGACUUCCUGCCUCAUCGACAAUUAGCAUGAGUUAUAAUUAGUAAAUAUGUGUAUACAAUUAGUUGGUUGACUUUGUUUUGUGAAUUGAAAUUUUGAAAUUUUUAUGAAUAAAUUAAACUGUUUUUGAAAAAUG